CACUUGGACUGUCCCGACGACGAUCAUCUUAUCUCUAUGCUGAGGGCGCUGGAUCACGGAAAAGGCGCUCCGCAUGCUCACGAAGCGAACUCUGCCUUGGGUAUCAUCGAGAAUAAAACCUCCGUGGACCUUCUGUCCGUUGACAUCACCUGGUACAAAGGGCUACCACGGGCCGCCGACACGGGAUUCCUGCACGACGUUCGUCAUCUGCUGAUCCCAAAAUGCUUAAAUAGACGGUUGCGCUUGUCGGCUUCUCGUAUUCGAACUCUCUGCCAUGAGGUUUCUCUCUCUCCUCGCGUGCGUCGUCGCGGCCAAGGCGGUCCUCAUCGUUCCCGGAGCUGUGUGGACUGACACACAAGGCAACACGAUCCAAGCUCAUGGAGCCGGGAUUUUGAAAGUGGGAUCGACGUUCUAUUGGUUCGGAGAAGACAAGGCUGCGAACAGCGCUCUGUUCAGCGCAGUCAGCUGCUACUCUUCCACGGAUCUGGGCACUUGGACCCGUCAUAAUAAUGCGCUCACGCCGAUCGCCGGGUCGAUGAUCUCGAACAACAGCAUCGUGGAGCGUCCCAAGGUCAUCUACAACAAAGCGAACAAGGAAUAUGUGAUGUGGUUCCACUCCGAUACCUCCAACUAUGGCGCGGCGAUGGUUGGUGUUGCCGUCUCGACGACUCCAUGCGGACCCUAUACCUACCGGGGUAGCUGGAAUCCGCUCGGCGCUCAGUCACGUGACGAAGGUCUCUUCCAAGAUGCCGAUAUCCAAGGGACGGCUUACUUGCUGUACGCGUCCGAUAACAACCAGAACUUCAAGAUCACACAACUGGACUCCAAUUACUACAAUGUCACCACUCAGGUCAACCAGCUCACUGGGUCGACACUGGAGGCACCUGGCAUCGUGAAACGCAAUGGGUCUUACUAUCUCUUUGCAUCUCACACCAGUGGCUGGGCUCCCAACCCCAACAAGUGGUUCGUCUCAUCGAGCCUCUCCACUGCGUUCUCGGGGCAGAGCGAUAUGUCGCCACCGAAUAACCGGACUUGGUACUCGCAGAACGCGUACGACCUGCCCCUCGGGAACGGUGCGAUCUACAUGGGUGAUCGGUGGCGCGCAGAUCUCCUCGGGACCAGCAGCUACAUCUGGCUCCCGAUGACCUGGGCAUCCGGCUCGCCUCAGUUGAUAUGGGCAGAUCUUUGGGACCUUGACAUCACCGCUGGCACGUACACGAUCCCCACCGGCACUGUUUACGAGGCCGAGAAGGGUGUGAUUGCUGGCAGCGCUGUGCUGCUUGGCGCGAGCUCUGCAUUCAGCAACAACCUGGCCGUCGGAUACCUUGGCAACGGAGGAACCGUCACUCUCACCGUGCAAGGCAUCGGGGCUGCCCAAUGGAUAUCUGUUUACUUCGCGAACGGGGAUAGCGGCUGGAGGACCAGCACGGUCAGCGUCAAUGGCGGAGCCCCCUUCACCCUCGUCCAGCCGUCUUCUGGAGGAGGACAAGUGACUCUUUCUGUGCCCAUGAAAGUGAACCUCAAGAAAGGAGCAAACACUCUGUUGUUCAGCGCAAGUACGUGUUGUUUUCAAACAAUUGGUGUCAGCUAA